UUAUUAAUAAAUUGGUAUAUAAGAACAAGAUUAAGAUGAAUUGAUUAAACAUAGUUAUCACAUUUUCUCCCAAAAAAUGCUUAGCAAAUAACAACUGGAGUCUCGUGACUUAUAUGCACCGUUUACUCUACACGCGCUGUUGUGAUCGCGUCGUGUAAGCUCUAGUUCCGCGUUGAGCUGUCACUCUCUGUGUCGGUCCUCUUCGCUUCCUCUCUCCUUCUCCACUAAUUUUCACUAAUUAAUAAAACUAAUCAACCAUUAAAGAGAUGCUCAAAUCUCCACUGUAAUAAAUCAUAAUCUCUUGUAUAAAGAAGACACACAUCUCCUAAAUCUUACCCUUAUUAUUAUUCUCUCUAAUCAAGUCUUCUUCUUCUCUCUCAAUCUCAAUCUCCGAUUAUGACAGACGACAGAGUUUACCCUGCUUCAAAACCUCCCGCCAUCGUCGGCGGCGGAGGUGGCGCAACCACAAAUCCUACUUUUCCAGCGAACAAAGCUCAGCUCUACAACGCAAAUCGUCCCGCUUACCGUCCACCAGCUGGUCGUCGCCGUAGUAGCCAUAGCCGUGGAUGUUGCUGCCGUUGCUGUUGCUGGACGAUUUUCGUUAUCAUCCUCUUAAUCCUCAUCGCCGCCGCCGCAUCAGCCGUCGUUUACCUAAUCUACCGUCCUCAACGGCCGAGCUUCACCGUCUCUGAACUCAAAAUUUCCACUCUCAAUUUCACAUCCGCCACUCACCUCACUACCGCCAUUUCCCUCUCCGUCAUCGCCAGAAACCCUAACAAAAACGUCGGGUUCAGCUACGACGCCACCGACAUCACACUCUACAAAGUAUCCACCGGAGGAGAUGAUGAUGUAGUCAUCGGUAAAGGAACGAUCUCGUCGUUUGUUCACGGGAAGAAGAACACCACUACGCUUAGAUCUACGAUCGGAAGUCCUCCCGAAGAUCCCGAUGAGAUAUCGGCGGGUAAGCUUAAAGGAGAUCUGAAGGCGAAGAAAGCAGUAGCGAUUAAGAUUGUUUUGAAUUCCAAGGUGAAAGUGAAGAUGGGAUCUCUGAAAACUCCUAAGUCAGGAAUUAGGGUUACUUGUGAAGGGAUUAAAGUGGUGGCUCCGACGGGAAAGAAGGCGACGACGGCUACUACCUCCGCCGCUAAGUGUAAGGUUGAUCCAAGAUUUAAGAUCUGGAAAAUUACUUUCUAAAUAUAGAAAACAUAUAAUGGAAUCACAUUCUUAGUUUUCUUCUUUCUUCUUUUAACUUUUUUUUUUUUUUUUUUUUUUUUUUUUAUUAAUCCAUUUGUUUCAAUUUUCGUUUCGUUUUAAAUUUGAUUUCAUAUACAGUUCUUUGAUUCCUGUAAGACUUUAUUUUUUUGGUUUUAUGUAAAUGAAGAUAUAUUUGUGUUCGGUCUGGAAUUUCA